CACAGCAGCUAAGCAAAGGUUUAUACUAUGUGUUUCUCAUUGCAAAUAAUGAGCAUAACAAAAGCACAUAGUGUGUUAUUUGGUGACAAUAGAAAGGAUGCUAAGCUGUUGCUCAGGUAACAGGAAAAGGCAGAGAGAAAGAUGGGGGAGAGAGAGAGAGAGCGACAGAAAAAGAGAGGUACAUGGAAUGGGGGGAGGGAGAAAAGGAGAGCAGCAAAUAAGAAGAUGGCAAAAAAAAACCUGGUGGGAGGGAGCAGGCGAGGGGAGGUGCCACCGCUGGCCCGCUGAAGGAGAGAGGGAGAGAAUGAGCUGUAGCUGGUGGGUAUUGGCUUCUGCUGUGGCUGAGAGCGACAGAGCGAGGGAGAAGGAGAGAGAGAGAGAGGGAUUUGCCGCCGAGCCAGAAUGGUGUCAGCCACGCCGUUUGGAAUGCCAUGCUUCUCGCGACCGGUCCCAGCCUUUGUGUGCGACCACGCAGUGAGAGAACCUGUGCUCAGCUUAGCCUGAAGAUGCAUACUGAGACGUGAUCAUCUGGUUUACGGCAUGAAUGAAAGCAUUUGGUUUGAUUUUUCUUUUAUUGUAGUGUAAUAAUUCAGUCAUCAAAGGAGCUUAACUAAACUGGAUUAUUCCAAAGCCUUGGAGAAGAAGCAAAAGGAAAAAGUUUUCCGGAAGAACUCAAGCAAUCUCGGCGGCCUGUCUCCAAGAUAAAUUAGUCUGAGUGAGGGCAAGGUAAGAAAUCCGAACAUAUCCCUGAGGUUCCAGGGAGAGGCAGAGAGAGAGAGAGAGAGGUAGGGAGAGAGAGAGAGAGGGAGAGAGAGAAAAUCAAGAGAGAUAAAAGGGGAUAGAAGACUGUCAGGUAGAGAGCGAGGAUGGAUGGGUGACACUGGUUCAGACGAGUCGUGACAGGCGCAGUCACUCACCCCUCAGAAACUUAUAGGAUCGCAGCAUGCACAUCUGACACAGGCAGCUAAAAGAGGAGUGGGUGCUGUGCUAGCUGUCUGUGGGUGACAAAUGAGAGACAGUCACCCAUCUGCAGGGAUCAGGGAAGGCACAAUGCAAAUGGAGCUCAGGUGAACUCAGGUGUCAAGACACCCAUUAGACUCUGACUGCUAUCUAGAUGACUUCCCACUAUGCCAUGGUGCUUUCAAUUCAUUCACUUGGGGGAGUGUGCGUUGAAAUAUAAAUAUUAAAGCCAGGAUGCAAAUGUAGAUUUAUAAAUAAACUUUUUACUGAGAAAAGAAUGUAAUGUUGAAAAUUAUGCCUUAUGCAUUUUGGUGGCAUACAAGUUAAUUUGUCGAUUGAUUGAAAACUUUAAAUUAAAAUACACUCAACAGGUCUGCCACCAUCACAAACUGGGUGGCAACAUUACAUUUGAGAGUGUUUAGACUAACUGCGUCCUCAUAUACUAGUGCUGCGAAUGAAUGCAAUACGGAAGCCUAUUAACAAAUUGUGAGUAAAUAAAUUCAGCUUAUUAACAUUCAUCUAAAAAUAGCACAAUUACAUUGAGAGAAAGGAAAAGAAGAGGCACCUAAGAGAUCCCCUUGAGAACUAGUCAGUGGAUUGGGUUGUAGAUAUUUGCAUGAAACCAGGCAUUCCACGAUUUAAUUGCAUUCUUAUGUGUUUAAUAAAGUGCUUUCAGAGGGACACUGUUGUGAAUGAGCUCAUAAAAAUAAGCACAUAACAAACGUGGUUGUCAGGGAGAACAAUAACUACAUAUGCUUAGGCAUCUAACUGUGCAAAACUACACAAAAGCACAUUUUUCUUCUAAAAUGUUCUCAAAAUCAUUUGUUUAUAUUUGAGAAAAGUUACUGUAACUUCAAUCUAUUUGUACAUUUUGAAGAACAUUGAAACAGAAAAGUACAGAAAUACAUUUGGGCAGUGGACAGUUAACAGAAUAUUCAGAAACAUUCUGAAAGGGGGGGAAAAUCCUGUUUCAUUCCUCACACACAUAUUCCUCAUCUUUUUUUUUUUUUAAAUAUCUGCUGAUUGACUGAUUCGGAUCGAUACUACAUCUCAGUGGAAACUCUGACUCUAUGAUGCCUUGUCCAACUCCCAGCACCUACACCUUGGACCACUAACCGAGCACCCUGAAGGAGAAAGGCUAUAUAUUUUUAAUACCUCUCUCUCUGCAAGCAGCCCUGUGCUGAAUGAAUGCAUAACACAGGCGCCAAGAGAAGAUCAAAGGCAUUCUCCCAGUCAGGGUCACACCUCAGAUCUGACUGAAAGGCUGCUGUAUAAUUGGGCAGUGGAGUAAUUGGACUCGGCCCAGCAGUGGAACAUCUGUCCACUGGAGGAAAACAGGAGAGGACAGCGAGCGGCGACAAGAGGUCUGGAAAGUGCCGGAAGCCAUCGCUGACUGUUCGAGAUGGGGUGCAACAUGUGUGUGGUGGACCGGCCGGAGGAACAGUACCGCAUCAUGUUCCAGAAAGGGAACAUACUACGUCCUAUUGAUGGUGAAAUUAAGCUCAAGGAGAAGAGAGGCUCUCACCUGGGUCACAACCAGGAUGGACACCCCCAUGAUCCUUUGCUGCUUCAGGUGGUGCGUAAAGGGCACCGACGGAGGACGGGCAUGGCAGGGGGCACGGCUCGCGUGUUGGCUAUCGCCGACUGCAUGGACAACAGCACCCAGACGGACAUCAGCUUCCAGAGAAUUCUGGGAAACGGCCCCUGCGUGGCAACCAAUGGGACGCCACCGCCCCCUCCAUCCCCGCCUCUGCCACCACAGAUGGAGCCAUACUUGCUAAAUGACCUCUGCUCUUUGGAGCAUGUGUACAGCGACCCCCAUGACUACUUUGAUGUCACUCAUCAUGAAGUAGACAGACAAGAUGAGCUGGAGUAUGAGGAGGUGGAGUUGUAUAAGUCCAGUCAGCAGGACAAGCUGGGCCUGACCGUGUGUUACCGCACAGACAACGAGGACGACCAAGGCAUUUAUGUGGGAGAGGUAAAUCCCAACAGCAUCGCAGCAAAGGACGGGAGGAUCAGACAGGGCGACAGAAUCUUACAGAUAAAUGGGAUGGAUGUUCAGAACAGGGAGGAGGCAGUGGCCAUCCUGACCCGAGAGGACAGCACCAAUAUUUCUCUGCUCCUAGCUCGACCCGAACGAGAGUCUGAUAACCCUGAAGAGCUGGAGCUGGAACUGCCGGUGGGGAUGGAGGUGGACAGCCUGACCACAUCUCCCCUGUCGGGCAUCUACCGGCUGCGGCAGAUGGGGGUGAGCACAGCCUCUGCUGCCACCACGCCACUCCACGGGGCUGCCGACGCCGAGAGACGGUCGCCUGUUGCACACCUGGCGGGGCUCUGCACCAGCCAGGAGCUGGAUAGUGGCGUGGGCCGCACCGACGAGAGCACCCGCUGUGAGGAGUCGUCCGAGCACGACCUGCUGGCCGACGAUCAGACCACCAGCGCCUGCAACACCAACGCCACCAACACCCCCGCCAGCCUGCGCAAGUUCCGGCCUGCUGGCCUGGGCCUAGGUCCGGUCCACAGCCGCGGGGAGAUGCCGUCCCCCCUGCACCUCCGGGAGCUCCAGUUCAGUGGCGAUGCCCUGCCAGGGUUUGAGGGGUGUGGCGGGGUGGGCGUAGUGGGCAGCGGGGGUUACAUGACGAGCCCGGUGAUGAUGAUGAUGCCAGGGCUGACCGAGGAAGAGUGUGAGAGGUACCAGCAGCUAUUGCAGAUCAAGUGCCAGUACGACAGAAAGAAAAAGAACGCAAACGCUCAGAGGAGAGAAAAGAGCGAGGGACGGAGAGAAGAUGGUGGAGAGAAGAGAGGAGAGGAAGGCCGGGGAGAGGGGGAUGUCACAGGGGUCUCUACGGUGGACGUGAACUGCAACGAGAACUUGAGCCUGUCGGAGCACGAGAUGGCCCUGCUGGAGGAGGAGCUGCGUCACCUGGAGUUCAAGUGCCGGAACAUUCUGCGGGCGCAGAAGAUGCAGCAGCUGCGCGAGCGCUGCCUGAAGGCGUGGAUGAUGGAGGAGGAGGCGGCAUCGGGAUGCGGCUCGCCCGCCCAGACGCCGCCACUGCUGGGGCCCUCCGAGGCGCAGCUCUCCGACAUCAACGAGCUGCCCGAGAGAGAGCGCUCGGACAAGGAGAGCACCAGCGCCUACAACACGGGCGGGGAGAGCUGCCGCAGCACGCCGCUGGUCAGCGAGCACCUCUCGCCGCCCUUCUCCGAGCCCCCCCUCAGCCCACUGAGCAUGCACCGACACAGGGACCGCGGCCGGGCCAGCAACCUCAACUGCUCCUACUCCCCCACCAGCUACAGGAAGUGGCAGGCCUCCACCAUCGGCGGCAGCGGCAGCUCCAACCCGAAGUACCGGUCCUUCUGCUGGGAGUCGCCAUCCAGGCGGGUGCCCGCCGACGGGGGUACCCCAUCUCGGAGGGCCCCGAAGGUGCCCGACAGGAUGGGCGGGCACAGUGCCGAGUCCAGUCCGUAUUUUGCCCGUCGUCACCACAGCAGCAGCAGCAGCAGCAGCAAGCCCCUAGAGCGCUACCAGAGCUGCAUGCAGCUGGGUGGCACUCCCGAGGGCGGCGCUGCGCUGGAGAGGACGGUGGAGGGGGAGAGCGAGGCCGCGGUGGGCAGCAGCGGCCCGGAGAGUGGUGCCACCUCUGGCCAAGCUCCGGUCCCGGGCUCCAACAUGCCCCCCUGCCCGGCCAAGCUGAGCCUGAACCUGCCGCUGUCCCCGGCCUCCUCUCCGCGCAUGGAGUGGAAGGUGAAGAUCCGCAGCGACGGCACGCGCUAUGUGGCCAAGCGGCCUGUGCGCGACCGCCUGCUAAAGGCGCGCGCCAUGCAAAUACGCGAGGAGCGCAGCGGCAUGACCACGGACGACGACGCCGUGAGCGAGAUGAAGAUGGGCCGCUACUGGAGCAAGGAGGAGCGCAAGCAGCAGCUGCUGCGCGCCCGCGAGUACCGACGCCGCCGCGAGUUCAUGAUGCAGAGCCGCCUGGACUACCUGCGCGAGCGUGACUGCAGCAGCCAGGAAAGGGAUCCAGUGAUGGCGGGUCAGCAGGACUCCCCAGCACGAUCCAGUUCCUACAUCUUGGAGCUUAGCCAGCGGAAGAGCUCGAAAAAGCGUAACCGACGGAUCCUGGAUAAUUGGAUCACCAUCCAGGAACUGCUAACCCAUGGGAGCCGCUCGUCCGACGGGAAGAAAGUGUAUAACUCACUGCUCUCGGUCACCACCGUCUGAGACAUAAGGUUAGCUAAGGAAAGGAGCAGUGAUAGCUUGUGCGAACUGAAGAUGACGACAUAAUUUCAGACACGCAGUGAACACAAAGUACACUCCAAUGUCGUUUAUUAAAAACACUGCUGUACAAUACACCGACCUUCUUCUGAAAUAUCUCAUUUUUCCUACAGUGUUCAAAGUCAUUCAAGCCUAACUGAUAUUAUCGCUUUUUGUUCUGCUAGUUGAGAAUCCACUAACCAGAACCUGUAGCCUAUAGCAGGGCUAUUGUGUGCUGUAGGCUAGUUGUUUUGCUUAAUGCAAUCAGGAAGCAUGAGCUAUUUUUAGUCUCCUUUUUAUCAACCGUCUUUGCAAAAGAUGUACUCUUCCUCUUGAAUGUCUAAGACUUGAACGAACAAUAACGGAUGUACAAUUCUUUCAUGUGGAUAAAUUAAUAGGUGGACGUGUUCUGCUGAUCAAGGACAAGACAAGACAAAAACGCACCUGAUAACUGAAUUUACCAGUUCCGUCACCACCAAGAAAGACAAGGAUGUGUCGAAGAAAGAAGUGUCAAGAAGUAGAUGAGACCUUAAUGAAGCACAAUAACUCUCAACACUCAGAUAUUAACCAGCCUAGGAAGCGACAGACAGCACAACUACUUCAGAUGAUAAAAGAAGCGUCUGAGAGACUAACGAGCUUCAACAUGGUGCUACAGGUUCCAUCGAGGACGAACUGAAAAACGAGAAUCCUUUCACUUGCAUGGUUUAAGUAACAGGUUAUUGUACAGAGAAACUACACAGAAAUCCUCUAUGAAAUUAUCUAUCAAAUGUCAAAUAUCAUAGAAGCAUCAGUUCCAUUAGAUAUACACAGUAUGUGGCUGACGUUUUUAACUAUUGUUAUAGCGUUGUGAUUGGCUUUCCUAUAUCUGUUAUUAAAUUGUAUUUUAAAAGUGCCAUUUAUGAUGUAGAUCAAUUCUGUGUACUCCUUGAAUGAGCUGUCCUUCCUCUGGUGUUGUUAAAGGUUCUUCCCAAGGACACAUUUUAGAAGAAGUCAUUUUGUAUGUUUAAUGUAAAACUGCUGAUUGUUGUCUACUGCCCAUAGAAUAAAAUCCAAUGGACACCAA